UCCAUCAUCUGGUGUGAUAUCCUCACUGUGUGUGGGGGAUGGCAGCCUGCCAGAUGACGGUUUCAGUGCAUCAGUUAGAGUCAAAUCUUCCUCUUUCUUAUAGCAUGUAGUUGUCAGAAAACACCGAGACACGAUGCAGAUCCUCACCCCGCAUGUUUACUGGGCUCAGCGGCACGGAGAGAUCUAUCUCCGGGUGGAACUGAGCGAUACAAAGGAUCUCGACAUCAGCCUGCAAGAAAACAACACACUUCAGUUCAGAGCACAAGGCCAUGGAGCUAAAGGAGAUAAUGAAUACGUGUUCAGUUUGGAGUUCCUGGAACCUGUCAGACCUGAGAUCAAACAUAAGUCCACCCAGCGUCAGGUGGACAUCAAGAUCAGGAAGCAGGAGGAGCGCUGGUGGGACCGGCUGACACUGCAGGAGAAGAAGCCUCUGUUUUUGGCACCUGACUUUGACCGCUGGCUGGACGAGUCCGAUGCCGAGAUGGAGCUUCAGGCUAAGGAAGAGGAGAAGAUCAACAAGAUAAGUGUGGAGUCGAGAGUUCGUAAAGACCCUUACCUCGGGCUGAAGAAAGGCUACUUGUUUAUGUACAACCUGGUGCAGUUUUUGGGAUUCUCCUGGAUCUUUGUCAACAUGACGGUUCGACUCUUCAUCCUUGGUCAAGAUUCGUUCUAUGAUACCUUCCACACCACGGCUGACAUGAUGUACUUCUGUCAGAUGAUGGCCGUGCUCGAGGUCAUUAAUCCCCUGUUGGGUCUGGUGAAGACUGGAUUCUUUCCCGCUAUGAUACAGGUGGCAGGGAGGAACGUCAUUCUUUUCGUCAUCUUCGGCAGUCUGGAAGACAUGCAGAACAAAGCUGUUGUCUUCUUCGUCUUCUACACGUGGAGCACCAUCGAGAUCUUCAGGUACCCUUUCUACAUGCUGGCCUGCAUAAACACAGAGUGGAAGAUGUUAACGUGGCUGAGAUACAGCAUCUGGAUCCCUCUGUACCCUCUCGGGACAGUGGCUGAAGCGGUGGCCGUCAUCCAGUCCCUGCCCAUCUUUGAUGAGAAACGUCUGUUCAGCCUCCGCCUUCCUGCGAUGCUGGGACACUCUUUGAGCUUCUCCUACACUCUGCAGCUCUACCUGGUCCUCAUGUUUCUGGGACUCUUCAUCAAUUUCCGCCACCUGUACAAGCAGAGGAGGAGACGAUACCGCUCGAGGAAAAGGAAAGUCCACUAACUCAACAGCACUUUUAUUUUCCACACACCCUGAACUGCUGUCCACUUAAAGAUAAAGCAGCUGUUCUCUUUUCCUCUGAUUGCCUUUCCUCAUCUUCCCACACACACACUGACCUGAUGUUGGAGUACUAGUCCCCUUAUUCCUCCACUGGGUGAACUGUUCACAUUCUCCAGACCAAAUCCUCCAAAUCUUAAUGUACCAGCGUGAAAACUCACUGUUGAGUGGACGUCACCUGAAAACACUGUACAGGUUGAUCCAGUGCUUUACUAAUACCAUGUUUAUUCUCUUUGAAAUGUCCAUAUUUAUCCGUGUAUGCAGUCGCCAUCUAAAGUUUUCUUAUUUUAUAUAAGUUCUGCUGAAAUAACCGAAAUAUUGUGUUCACUUUUCUUCUUGGGUACAAGAGAGGUGUUUACUCUGUGAACAUACAGUGUCAUUUGUUUUAGAUUUAGAGAUGGUGUGGUUAUCUUUUACAUCAUUUAUAAAAUUAUGGUCCUUAUAGGUUAAAAUAUUGUUAAAAUGGCUCUUCAAAUCAUGUUUUAAUGCUUUAUGGUCUUUUAAACCAUUACCUACGAAUCACAGAUCCCUCACAGUCAACAUUUAUUAACCUUUAUAUUUUUGUCGUACUGUUGUUGUGUGUUAAUGCAGUUGAAAGCCAGCACAGUUUUGACACUCUUUUUGUGGUGGUUUGUUCAAGGAUGGUUCAGUAUCUGGGAAUUUAGAAUUUUAGAUGAAAGAGACAAGCAAAUUCAUCUGAUCAUCUUCCCGAUGUCCAUGUUUACUUGUUUUCUUCUGGGUUUAAUAUCUAAAAUAAAACCGCAGCAGUUAAAUGGUCUGAACGUACAUUAACACUCAGUGAGUGUCUGAAAGUUGUUCUGCUUUCAACUGCAUGAAGACACAGCAAAAUAAAGCAAGUUUUAAAUCUCUGCAAGUUAAUUUGAACUUUCUGAUUCUUGGAAAAUCUGUCUGCAGUGAUGUGAAGCUGAUGAGCUAAAACACCAUUUUUAUGGGUCCUGAAUCAAUACGUACAUUAUUCCAUAUGCCUUUGUAUGAAAACACUGUGGCUCUUAACUGUAAGCUGUCAGUUUUGAAUUUAGAUUUUCAUCAUCAUUGCCAGAGGUGCAUUCCUAACACUGAGCCUAACACUGUCAGUCAUUCACUGCUUUGAAUAUUAACAAAUCCAUGCAAAUUACAAGGACAUUUUUAGAACUGCUUCUUUCUUCUGUCCUUUCUGGCCUUUACAUAAGUUUUAUUGGUAACAUGCAACACACCUACGCUUAUACCUCAUGGCCUACAAAUGUUUAUUUUUUUUGUUGUUGUUGUCA